UACUAGUAUUGAAUCUGGCCACUCAUAUUUUCUUUUAUUCUUUUUUUAAUGUCAAUUGAUGCCUAACACGUCACAAAAUCUAGGAAAUCUCAGGUCUAGAUGAUGAAGAGCAUAUCAGAUGAUUUUACUAGAUCUAGCGAAAAACGAGCGAGGAGCAGCAGUAGCACCCAUGUUCCGGUGCAUUUUGCUGUCCAUAAACCGGGAUGUCACUUCGAGAGCUGUUGCGGGGUGUGCAACUUAUUUCCUGGAGUCAUCCUCAUUGCAUUUAGUCAAGUGCUGGUUGGUUCUCUCCUGUUGACUUUGCUGUUGUCUCACGGCAAACAGUACGACGCGAUUCAUCACACGCAGAAGUCGCAGUUCAUGAGCCUGGCUACCGGUGCUGUUCUUAGCGGCGUGACAGGUGCGGGUCUGCUUCUGAUCAUCGUGGCCUUAACUGAGAAUUGCAGGGCUAUGCUGGUGUAUUUAAUGGCGGCGUUUUUUGUUUGGUUGUGUAUCGUGUCGCUUGCCAUAACUAAAAUUGGACGAUCAUGUGUCAGAUUUAAAGAAGCUCCAAAAAUUAAAGAUGAACAACACAGAGUGGUUAAUCUAGCCUGUGUCAGCGGACUCCUUUCCUUCUUAGGAGGUGUGCUGUAUUUGUUCUCCUUCCUAGUGGUUUUCAGUUUCUACCACUUCCGAUACGUGAGACGGGCCAUAUUGAUGCACGAAGCGGAAUGUCAAUAAGGCAACAGAAUUAUCAUUGAUAUUUCUAAAUAUAUAUUUUAUUACUUGCUAAUAAAUUAUUUUGAUUUCUUUUUUGUGUGUUUAA